AUGGUCUACUACGCACUUCUCAAAUAUCACCCCACGGAGCACAUUUCCCGAUAUCUCCUCGCCGCUCCCAAUGCUGAAACCAUUGAUGAGUGGUGGCGUGAGGUCUCCUCGAAACACGAUCAGGUCAAGCGCCUGGCUCCCGAUUAUUACUCCUUCGGCGCCGGGCCGGCGGCGUACGACCUUGCUCCGUCGUUCGUAAACAAGAUCAUGUUCACUCUGUUGAAUGAUCGUGAUGCCCGAAUCAUGUCGACCUUCGGUCAACCCGAAAGGACUGAUGUUGUAAGCGGUGAAGCAUACUACAUCCGAUCCAAAUCCAACCCAGAGCUCUAUUGGCUUGCAAAGGGUGGCUUGAUCUACGCUACCAAGCUAGGCCGCACCCGCUUCAUCUUCCGUCUCGCUGGAGAGCAGAAUAGCGACAAAAACAGGACUGUUCUUAUCGGCAAAGACUUCAUCUCCAUCAGUGCUGUCGGGGGGAAUAACCAGAAAUAUGUCGGCGUCAAUGACGAAGGCGAGCUGACUCUGAGCGGACACAGCUGUCGCAUGUACUAUAGCGAUCUCAAGAAGAACUUUCUUGCUCAGGGAGAGACUGGCACCUCUGAAAGUGUUCAGAUCACCAAGUCGGAUGGCUAUGGAGAGGAGUGGGAGCUUGUCAGAUAG